UAUAUUCUGUGGUUUUUCACUUCAUUUUUGCGCCAAGGAAUGAUUUUCAUGAACAAUGUUCUUAUUCUGGAUAGUUUUUAACGAUUUGUCCGUCUUUGUGUUUGUUUAUUAAACAUUAACUUAAUCCAGUGUUGAAUAAUAAAAAAGAUUUGUGAUGAACGUGCCUCGUACAUGUAAUAUAUUUAUACGCUAAAUGAAAAUUCAAGUAAUUUUGAAAUGGCGGACGCGCUACCUGUCUGUGAUGUAUUAUGUGAGGCGACGGAAUAUUUAUCCAAACUUGGUUCCAAUUUAAAGUUUCGCACUGAUAAUUUGAGAGAGAAGAAAAUAAGAAAGAAUUUGUUAAAAAAUACACACGCUGUUCAGAAAGCCGCCAGUAAAGUAUUAUCGAUUUGUGAGUUAUCAAAAAAGUCUCUCGAAAAUGUGGAAACCACUGUUAAUCAUCUUUUAUCACAAAUUGCUGCUUCGCAAAGUGCCGGCACUAAAGUGUCUCGCAGUUUAAGUGACUCAAAGGAGCCUUUUGAAUAUUUUGUAUAUGCAUCAAAACAACUCAAAAUUAAAAAUAAGAUUUCACUUGCUCAUUAUACCUCUGUUAAAGUUGUAGUUAAAGCUAUGCCUUCUUCUAUGUUAAAAAAGUUCCCAGUGCACAUUGACUGCAAAUUAUUUCGACAAAAUAAAAAAAGAAUUAACAGGAAAAAACUUACUGAAGAUGCAAAUAAUACAAAAAGUGAUAAUGGUAGUAAAAGUGUGAGUGAAAAGAUAUCAAAAAGUAAUGAUACAGAUAGCUUAUCAGUAAAACCUAGUAAUGUUUAUGAUGAAAAUAUUCCUGAGGGAGACUUGAAACAUAAACCUGAAUCUGAUGUUGAUGAUAACAAGAAUACAAAAGCCACAAAUAAAACUUCAACUUCAAGUGAUCAAAUAGACAAUUUGGAUAAAUCAAGUCCAAAAUCCACUAACAAUGUUUCCGAAAAUGUUGAGACAAGCACAGACAUGUGUGAGGAAAAACAAUGUAGUGAUAUUAUUAAUAAAGAAAGUGUUAAUUCUGUCGAUGAGAAUAAAAAAACUAAAACUGAAAGGAAGAAGAGAAAAUAUUCAAGAAUCAUAAGUGACAGUUCUGAUAAUGAAGAUGAGGAAGACAAUAAAAAACUUGAAAAAAACAUCAGUAAUAUGAAGAUAAAUGACACUUCAACAAUAUGUUUGGACAGUUCUUUAGAGGUGUCUUGUAUUAAUAAUGAAUCUACAAAAGAAAAAAAUGCUGAUGUUAAAAAUUCAGAUACCGCAGCAAAUGGGAAACUUAGUACAGAUAAUUCUUCUGAAUCUGCAGAAAGUACAAAAAAAGUUUUUCUUAAAUGUAUUAAUAUAAACAAGUUGCUAAAACCUCCAAAGGAAGAUGACUGUAUUAUAAUAAAUGACGAUGAGGAGGAUGACAUUGUUUUAAAAGAUUUAAAAAAAAGAAAAAAUGAAUGUAAAAUCAAAAAUAAACCUAAGAGAAAAUUUGUCAGCAACCAAGAUUUAGCUGAUAAAAGAUACAAGGAACAAAAAGAGAAAGUGAAGUCAUUUAAACCUAAAGAAUUUUCUAUAAAUUUACAAAGAUUACCGAAGUUUUCUUUAGAAUUUUUGGAAACUUAUAAACUAAGAAAAAUAACAAAAGGCAAGUCUAUUAUUUUUGCUAUAGAAAGUUGUUCAGAAAAAACAAUAGAGGAAUGUAAUAGUGAAGAAAGAACCAAUGUUCAGUUAUCAGAGUUAGGCAAAAGUAAAAACUCAACUGGUCAUUCUGACUGUGAUAUUACUGAGAAUAAUGAAUAUGAUAAAGAUUUGCUAGAAGUGACUGAAAAUGUGAAGAAAGCUUUACUGGAUGAUAGUGAUUCAGAUACAAAUAAUUUUUUGGAGAACACUUUUGGUCCUGAUAAGGAAUUUAGCAACAAUGAAGAUAACUCAGUCUCACAAACAAAAGAGACAAUAGAAAGUUUAGAUAAACAACAGAUAGUUUCAGAAAAAAUAGCAGAAAACAAUAGUGAAACCAAUAAUGAUAAUCAAGCCCAAUGUGAUGAAAAUUUAGGACCUUCUAAAUCACCAUCACAACAGAGUCCUACAGAAGAUUUUUUUGAAUCCAACAAAGACUUACCUCAAAAUAAUAAAGACCUAGAAUUUGUGAAAUCAUCUUUAUUGAACAAUUCUUCAGAUGAAGAUACAGGCAAUAUGAAUGCAAUAGAAAACUCUGACAAUCCAUUAUCUGAUAAUAUCUUAAAUAAUUCUCCAACCUCUAAAAAAAACAUGGAUAAUCAAGACAAAAAUUCAUCAUUGGAGUCCUGUGAAAUGCCAGAGCAAGUGAAAUCACCUUUGUCCAAUAAAUCAAAUUGCUCAAACAAUAAAAAAUGUGUAUCACCAGUUGACCAAGAAAUUAUAAAAUCAUCAUUACUAAAUGAUUCCUCAAAUGAUUCAUCUACAUCUCAAAAAAGAGAUAGAAAUAAUGAAGAUGCAUCACCACAUAAUGAUGUAGGCAGGAUAAAAUCAUUGUUGCUUGAUGAUUCCUCAUGUGCUUCAUCAACUUCACAUAAAUCGGAGGGUAGUCAUGGAAAAAAUAAAUCACCACAUCCCAGUGAUGAUCAUGAUAACAUAAAAUCGUCAUUACUUGAUGAUUCAUUACAUAGUGAUCCUACAACUUCUCAAAAGCAAAGUAGUCAUAAAGAAGAUAAUAUUGAUGUAGAGCAAAUAAAAUCAUCACUAUUAAAGGAUUCUGAUGAUUCAUCAAGUUCACAGAAAAUAAAAAAAGACAAUGAAAGGAGCCCGAAACAACUUGAUAAAGAACAGGAACUAAUAAAAUCAUCAUUACUUAAUGAUUGUUCAGAUUGUUCUCCGUUGAAAUCCCAAAAAGACAAAGACAGUGAAAAGGAGACCCCACCAAAAUUAAGAAAACGUAUCAUGGAAAAUAUGCGCGCUAAAAAAAUGUUGUUAACAUAUUCAUCAAGUUCAGAUACAGAGGAUGAGCAAUUGAGAAAUGCUUUAAAAGAAAUAAAAGAUUCCUUACUUAAAGAGAUAUCAGACGAUAAAAGUAAACAUAGAACUGAACAUCAUUCUGAAUCAAGUUCUGAUAAAGAUAUGAAUCUAUCAUUAAGAAAGAGAAAUAGGAAAAGAAAAAAGAAGAAUUUGGAUACAGAAGAUAAAACAAAAUCUCGAAAGAAAAUAAAGAUAAAACCAAGCAAUAGUAGCGAUGACGAAAACUCUAACUCGUCGUUUCGCAAGAUGGGCGGUACUAGAACUAAACUGGGCAGUAGCAGCAGUCAAUAUUCAGACGGUCAAGAUAUAAAUGACAAAGUCGUUGAUAGACUGACGAAUCUGAAGAGUUUGCAUAAGUCGCGACGUCGGAGUUCGUCUGAGGAGAGCGCGGGGAGCGGGAAGCCCAGUAGUACGGACAAGGACGAGAUGCCGAAAGUGCCCCGCAUCGCCACCGAGAGCCUCCUUAAGGCGGAGUCCAGCUCGGACGCUACCUCUUUAGCUGGCAGCGAGGAAGUCUUAGAGGAGGAGGUCGAAGAACUGCCAGCAGUAACAAUGUCUGCCCUCAAUGGUGAUGGAGUGCAUCUCGCUAAAGCUGACUUAUUGGAAGACAGUGAUUCGUCUAGCUCGCAUAAUAAAUCACAAGAGGAUGAAAAGAAUUUAGAAGCCAUUGAUGAUCAAACUGAAGAUGAAAAACUGAAGUCAAGACGUCGAAAAGCGCUAGCGAUUUCGUCUGACUCUGAGGCGGGGUCGUCGCGCCGUCGAGACCGGGACCGCGGCCGCGACAAGCUGAGUGACUUCGAGGAUUCAGAGGACGACGGCUCCGAGCCACAAGGAAAGAAGAAAAGGAAGAAGAAACCAGCUGAUAGCGAUGAUAAUUCCUCUGUAGAAAGCGGGAAGAAGAAACGACGCCGCAUUAAAAAUGUAGAUGACACCGACGAUUCUGAUUCAGACACUGAAAAUGAGGGUAGAAAUAAACAUGGCAGAAAGAAUAUACGUAAGGUAAUGGGUAAAAAUCAACUAGAGGAGGCAACUAAAAAGGCAGCGCGCGAAGAGAAAGAAAGAAUUGCUCGAAUUGCUGAACGUCAAAAGCUGUACAAUAAUAUGGAAUUUGAUGAGUCCGGCAAACCUGAUGAAGUAAAAUUAGAGAAGGUCGUGCUUGACUUCGAUCCUGAAACAAAGGAGCCGCUGAUUGAAGUUGACAGAGGACUUGUUAAGAAAUUAAAACCACAUCAGGCAAAUGGCAUCAAAUUCAUGUGGGAUGCUUGCUUUGAAAGUGUGAAACGGAUCAAAAAGAACAAGGGCUCAGGAUGUAUUUUAGCUCAUUGUAUGGGUCUAGGAAAGACAUUACAGGUUGUGUCUCUAACACAUACUCUGCUCACCCACAACGAUUUAACCGGCGUGAACCGCGUGUUGGUCGUGUGUCCGCUCUCGACUGUACUUAACUGGGUCAAUGAGUUUCGAAUGUGGCUGAAACACGCUGAAAGAGAGAGUGAAGUUGAUGUUUAUGAGCUUUCUAGGCACAAGCAGAAUUCUGAGCGCGCGUACCAGCUGCAGCAGUGGUACGAGAGUGGCGGCGUGUGCGUACUCGGCUACGAGAUGUUCCGCAACCUCUCAGCUGACAACUCCAAGAAGUUCAAGAAGAAGAUGCUCAAGACAUUCCAGGAAAGCCUCGUUGACCCUGGUCCUGACAUGGUGGUAUGUGAUGAGGGUCACCUGCUAAAGAACGAGAAGACGAGCCUGUCACAGUCCAUUAACAGAGUGAAGACGCUGCGCCGUAUUGUCCUCACAGGCACGCCGCUUCAAAACAACCUUAAAGAAUAUUAUUGCAUGGUACAAUUCGUGAAGCCGAAUCUCCUGGGCAAGUACAACGAGUACUUGAACCGCUUCGUGAACCCCAUCACGAAUGGACAGUACACCGACUCCACGGAGCACGACAUACGCAUCAUGAAACGACGCUCCCAUGUCCUGCAUAAGAUGCUAGAUGGCGCUGUACAGAGGCGAGACUACGGGGUGCUGGCGCCCUUCCUGCCUCCGAAGCACGAGUAUGUGCUAUUCAUUACGCUGUCCGAAGUGCAGAUCAAAUUAUAUCAGCAUUAUCUUGAUAACUACUCCAGAAGGCCAUUACCAGGAAAGUCAUCAGGAUUCCUCUUCCCGGACUUCCAGUCCUUGCAAAGGAUAUGGACACACCCCUUGGUGCUCAAAUAUAAUUCAGAGAGAUAUGAAAUCAUGCAGCAGAAAAAGAGGGAGAGGGAAGAAGAGGAAGACUCCGAAGGAUCUCUUGCUGAUUUCAUUGAUGAUGAGUCCACACCUGAUGAAAGUUCAACGGCAGAAUCUUCAGAGGAAUAUUCAGAUGGGAGUGAUGACAGCCAUAAGAAGAAUAAAAAGAAGAAAGCCGCUAAGAAAGGGAAAAGUAAAGUGACUACGCGACGUGGCACCAGAGCUAAUCCAACGGAACAACUAGAAGAAGACGAGAAGUCAGUGGAGAUGCUGGAAGAGAAGAAUGAGAACCCAACGGAGUGGUGGGUGAAGCUGGUGUCGGAUGACGAGCUGGAGGAUAUGCGCAACUCUCACAAGCUGGUCUUACUCUUUGAUAUACUACGCCAGUGCGAGGCCAUCGGGGACAAGUUGUUGGUAUUCUCACAGUCUUUAUAUUCAUUGGACUUGAUCGAGCACUUCUUAGCGAAAGUCGAUGAGGCAACACAAGAGGGACGCAUUGAUGAGAAACUUGGCGGCCAUGUGGGUUCGUGGUCACCAGGCAUAGAUUACUUCAGACUGGAUGGAUCUAUAUCCUGCGAGAACAGAUCCAUAUGGUGCAAGAACUUCAACAGGGAAGACAACCCUAGGGCUAGAUUGUUUCUAAUAUCGACGCGCGCGGGCGGGCUGGGUAUCAAUCUGGUGGCGGCGAACCGUGUCGUCAUAUUCGAUGUGUCGUGGAACCCCUCGCAUGACGUGCAGAGCAUCUUCCGCGUCUACCGCUUCGGACAGAAGAAACCAUGCUAUGUAUACAGGUUUCUAGCUAUGGGUACGAUGGAAGAAAAGAUCUACGAGCGUCAAGUGACGAAGCAGGCGAUAUCGAAGCGUGUUAUCGACGAGCAGCAGAUAGAUCGGCAUUACGCGGAGAACGACCUCGCCGAGCUGUACAAGUUCCUGCCGCGCCCGCCCGCGCCGCGCCCCCUGCCGCCUCUGCCUAAAGAUAGGCUCUUUGCCGAACUACUGCGCGAGCAUGACGCACAGAUAUACAAAUACCACGAGCACGACUCGCUGCUAGAGAACAAGGAGGAGGAGACGCUGAGCGAGGAGGAACGUAAGGCCGCUUGGGAGGACUUUGAGAAUGAGAAGAAUCGCCCUCCGCCUGCGCCCUUCCCUGCCGCCUGGCCUAUGCCCAAUGGAAUGAUGCCCGGCUUACUGGCGCAGCAACAGCAACAGCUGGCAUACGCGGCGCUGGACGCCAUGCUGCGCAAAGACAAUGUCAGCGAGAGCCGGAUACAAGAAUUGUUGCCGCUCAUAUAUAAUACUAACCCCGGGUUAAUGCAGAAAAUGAGUGAACUAUACAAGUACGCUCCACCCGGCAUGAUGAAUUCAGGAAUGAUGAACCCCGUUAUGAAUCCUGGUGGUGGUGCGGGUGGCGCGGGCGCAGCGGGUGCGGGUGCUCUGGGCGGCUCCAGCGGGCUGCAGUACGAGCCGCCGUGGCUCCGUCAACAGAAGCAGCAGCAGAUGCGCCUGCAGCAAAUGGUGCAGCAGCAACAGGGCAUGGGCGCUAAGUACUACGCUGGAGGUCUCGGCAGUCGUGACCCGGUGGCGAUGGCGCUGCAGCAGCAACGAGCGCGUGAGAUCAUGCUGGGUGAGCGCGGCAGACCGCGUGGCCGUCCGCCGCUCGCGAGGCCACCGCCUACCACCGACGUUGUCAACCUCGCAGACUCCGACUAGAUGAUCAGUGUAUAGUGGACAUGUACAGUGUGUGAUAGGGUGGUGGUGUGGAGUGGAGUAGCUCACAGCAAGUGGGCAGAGGACUCUAACAGUGAAAUGCAAGUGUUGACAUGCCCAGGCUUACGCUAAAACUACACAUAUCAAGAAUCUCUUGGGUAAAUUUUCCCAUUGGGUCGUUUGAAUCCAUUGAUUCAAUCGACUCAAUGAGAGAAAAAUUCCAUUAGGCCGUUUGGCAUAAUGGUAAACACCCAAUCUCUUUAACUGAAUUUCCGCUGACAAAACAACCAAAAAAAGAUUUUUUCAUUUCUAUAAUACUCUUUGAAAAGAUAGAACAAUAUGUUUUUAUUUAAAUUUCUCUGCAAUGAAAAUUCUGAGCAUUACUAUGAGUUUUGACUGCAACGACAUCUAUUGACACUUAUUGUCAUCUCUCAUAUUCUUUUUGAAAGAACAGAGAUAACAAUAAGUAACAUACGAUUAUCACAUCAGUAGAAAUGUACAGUAAGGCGGACAGUUCGUUUUUACAUUGCGCAAAUAAACAAUAUAUUAUGCUUUUGUUUAUUUCAUCAGAGAAUGAUAAUAAACAGGAGUCACAAGAACUUGUGUUAUUUACAUUAAUUGUUCCUUUGAAAAUGUUAUGGUGAAAAAAAAAUAUUUAAACCCUAUAUGGAAUGGUGUAAUUUUAUUGUGUUAUGCGCAGUGGAACCAGAACUUAAUCUUAUAGUAAUCUAUGCUUAAUAAAGUUAAAAUUUAAAAGAAAUUACAAUAGUUCUGAUACUUAAAAAUUUUACUUGUAAUCUUGUAAGUUUUAACUAUAUUUAGCAAGCAUUCACUAAAUGAUAUAGUGGUUUAUAUAAUAAAAACUUCCAACUAUAAUAAAAAAGCCACAUAUCAUAAGAAUCUCCAUAGUAUAAAUUACAUUUUUAGCUUACACAGCGAAAGCCUAAGGCAUGCUUAACAAUUGGUAAAAAAUUAUACUUUUAAGAUUGCACUUGUAUAAUAUCAAAAUUCAUAACGGCACUUUGAAUCUCAGAUGUAGAUUAACUUUCAUGGCGAUGAGAAAAAAAAACUAUGAUGGUCCUUUUAAUGAGCUUAACACUUUCACAGUCAUUGACACCAAAAUCUGCCAUCACUAUAGUGUGAUCAGUACAGUCUAUGCCCCCAAUGUGGGUUCACUGACAGAAUUGUCAACAUGCAGUGCCUCCACAGUAGGCACACGGUCGCAAACGAAUACUUGGUAAUGUAAUCUUAUAUUUAAUCUUUACUACAUAUAAGAUUUAACUACAUUCAGACCAUAAGUAGCCAAAGUAGUACAAACUGUGAAAGUGUUAGUGGGAUGUUUUUAACUAUAUCUUUCAGUACAGGAACUUAGUAGUAAGCUAUGUACGUGAGUAGUUUAAGUGUUCAACAUCUAACACUUGACUGGACUUAACACUUUCAAUGCCACUAGGAUUAUUUGUGUGGCAUUGAAUAUGUUAACUAAAUUUUUUGCACAGAUUUACAACUGAAUUGUAUCAUUAGUUGAAAAUACAUUUUUCAUUUCACUAAAUGUAAACAUUUCGAUAUUAGAUAAAGAAAUCUAUGUAUUAAGAAUAUAUUGUUUACAAUUAAUUUCUUAUAAAAAUCAUAAAUAUUUGUUGAUUUAUUAGUUAACAAUGACUGUAAUCCUGUUAUUUAAGUUGGCGAUAAAGGUACAAUUUGAACAUUCAUUAUAUAUUAGUUACGUAAUAAAAAACUUAAUCUAAAUAGAGAUUUUCCGUUCAAAUGUACUGGGUUACUAUAAGUGUUUCUUCUAUGUUUUUUAAAUGACAUAAAAAUGGUAGAAAGUGGCCGCCAUUACGUAAUUUAAUGUAUUAAAGAAUUCAAAUACGAAUGAUUAGUAAUGCAUUUUUGAGUUAUUUAACAUUUAACUCUAUUGGGCCCAUGAACACUUUAGUUUCUCAGUGAAUUUUAGCAAAUAUCAAUGACAAAAAAUUUGAUAAUAUUUAUCAGAUAGUAGACAAUCUUGUAAUUUUCAUAUUAAAACAAAAAGAAAUAGCAUAAAUCCAUAGAAAUAGUUGUAAUGGCCUAUUUGUUUUGGUAUAUUUCACCACAAAUUCAGAUUUUUAUCUUUGACAUAUUCUUUAUUCAGAUGAUCCACAAGAAAAAAAAACAUGACAAUUUCGUAUAAUCUAUAUUUUGUUAUAUUUUUUUUCUGUUACAAUUUUUGCCUCAUUCAUAUAUUGCAAUAUUGUUUAAUAAAACUACAAUUAUA